UAUCCGAACGUUCUGUAGUGUAGCCAUUCAGUCGUGGAAUCAUGAAGGGGAUAAUAUCUUUCGGCUUGCUUUGCCUAUUCUUCGUCUGCAGCGUCAACAGUACGGGCAGCAUUGCAAAGAACCAUCUGCACAGUGUGAGCCGCGCCGCAGAACAAUGCACCGUGCAAUGCAAAUCGGCACCUGACAACAAUCCUGAUAGCAAGAACUGGUUAGUGGAAAUCGAUGUUGACAUCUACCUUGUGUACAACAGCGACCAAAACUAUUUUGGUAUCUACAAUGCCAAACUUCAGAUAGUCAUUGUAUUUGAAUUCAGUUCAAGUAUUAUGGUUAUGGUUAACGUCAAAACUGGUGGAGCUAUCUUAAUAAACGUCAAAACGCAAUUGGCACUCUUCAUUAAGGGUACAGGAGCCAUUCAAUUCGGUUCUGACAUUUAUGCCGGUUUUGAAAUUAUCUUCAAAAUUAUUGCUGACAACAAAGCUAAGGUUCAAGGAGAACACGACAAGAAUACAGGAUAUUAUUUCGAUAUUUCAAUUGUAUUUUCGGGCCAAUUGGAUGUUGCCUUUAAGGGUAGAGGAGAUCUUUCUGCAGCAAUUAAGGCAGAUUUUACUGUAAUCUUCAAUACUAUUCAAAUUUUGAUACAAAAGCAAGUGGUUAGUGUUGAAAUCGGUAUAGCAAUACUACUUGCACCAGCUAUUGGUUUGAACGAAGGAUCAAGUGAUUUUAUUAGCGGAAUAUUUGUUUUAAUAACAUUUACGGUUACAUACCAAAACAUAACCGUCGAUUUCAUGGAAGUUUUUGUUCAAGUAAUAAUCAAAGCCGAUGUGAAAGUAAUAGUGUUACUUGUGCAAAAUAUUAAAGGUAUUGGCAUUUUUUACGUUGAUUUAAGUGCAGCUUUAGAGGGUUACAAUAAUAAAAUUCAAAUAUACAUCAGUAGAACAAGUACGAAAGUCAAUGGUCAAAUCUUUACCAUCACUACAUACACUUUAGGCAAUUCGUGGAGCAUAGUAGUUGGAAAUGGAAAUGGCCAAGUUGUGAUUAUGUACAGAGAAAAAUAUAAUGUUUUUGCUAUUUACAAUCAAAGAGCAAAUUUGUUCUUCGUCUAUUUCGGAUCCACUUCACAACUCGCAUUAUUCUCGACUAAAAAUGGAGCUGGCCUCUUGUUAAAGUGGGGAUUAGGUGGAUUUGGUGGAUUUGCUGCAACAUAUAUUAAACGAUCGAAUGAAGUUGUUAAAUAUUUCAAAACUGGAACUAUCAACUAUGAAGCUUUACUGGAAUUUUUACAAAUAUAUGUGGCAAGUGUCAAGCCAAAUGGUCCAUUUGGAGAUUUUAAAUUAACAGAGUUAAUAGUUAAUAUUGGCAAUAAUAGAUCUUUGGAGAGACAAUUUGCUUCUAAUCCUGAUCUUCUUGCUGAAUUGAGAGUUGAUUUUGAUGUUAUAUUUAUUUCUGUACAAAAUGCACCUACUAUGAACCGACAUAAUAAUUUCUGUUUUAUUGAGCUUAUAUUUGGAGAAUAUAAUAUUUCGGUAAUCGGUGGCUUCCAAGGAACAAUUCAAUUUUUCUUUAUCUCAAAUGGCGGUAAAUUCCAAGGAAAAUUCAUGAAUUGCAUAUUUAACGAAAUGCUUAAUGGCAUUACGAAUGCUAUUAAGAAUGCUGUCAAUGCAUUUGUUAAAUCAAUUAUUGCAUUAUUGACGAAACUUUUAAAUCCUAUUGCUAAAACGCCUACUAUUACUGUUCCAGACUUAAGUGUGACAGCCCAAUUAAAAGUUUUUGGCAGUGUUCAGCUAGUGAAUAGGUCAUAAAUAGCGAAAUGAAAAUUCUAUGAUUGUUUAUAAAAUGUAUAUUAUCUAUUGCACAUAAUAAAUUAAGGCAUAUUCAAAUAUUA